UCUGUUUUUCCCCAGAUGCCUGAAGAGAUUUGCACCAGUGACGAUGAGGUGGAAACCUUUGCCUUUCAGGCUGAGAUUGCUCAGCUUAUGUCCCUGAUCAUCAACACCUUCUAUUCUAACAAAGAAAUCUUCCUCCGAGAGCUCAUCUCAAAUGCAUCUGAUGCACUGGAUAAGAUCCGAUAUGAAAGCUUGACUGAUCCUUCGAAACUGGAGAGUGGCAAAGAUCUGAAGAUUGAAAUCAUCCCCAAUCAGCGUGACCAUACCCUCACCAUCAUUGACACUGGGAUUGGAAUGACAAAGGCUGACCUGAUCAACAACUUGGGCACCAUUGCUAAGUCUGGCACCAAGGCCUUCAUGGAAGCUCUGCAGGCUGGUGCAGAUAUUUCAAUGAUUGGCCAGUUUGGUGUUGGCUUCUAUUCUGCCUAUCUGGUUGCUGAGAAGGUUACUGUCCUUACUAAGCACAAUGAUGAUGAGGCAUAUGCCUGGGAAUCAUCAGCUGGUGGCUCCUUUACAGUCAAAACAUAUACUGGCAAGGGUGAUGGGGACAAGUCUCCUGAUACAAUCAGUCGUGGUACAAAGGUAGUCCUGCAUCUGAAGGAAGAUCAAACUGAGUAUCUGGAGGAAAAGAGAAUCAAGGAGAUUGUGAAGAAACAUUCUCAGUUCAUUGGUUAUCCCAUCACACUCUUUGUUGAGAAGGAACGGGAAAAGGAGAUUAGUGAUGAGGAAGACACAGAGGAAAAGUCUGAGAAAGAGGAAGGUGCAGAUAUGGAGGAAGGAGAGAAGCCCAAAAUUGAAGAUGUCGGGUCUGAUGAGGAAGAAGAUGGUGAAAAGAAGGACAAGAAGAAGACUAAGAAGAUCAAAGAGAAGUAUAUAGAUCAGGAGGAACUGAACAAAACAAAGCCCAUUUGGACCCGUAAUCCCGAUGAUAUUACACAGGAGGAGUAUGGCGAGUUUUACAAGAGCCUCACUAAUGAUUGGGAGGACCAUCUUGCUGUAAAGCAUUUCUCUGUCGAGGGCCAGUUGGAAUUCCGUGCUCUUUUGUUCAUUCCCAGGCGCGCUCCCUUUGAUCUCUUUGAGAACAAGAAGAAGAAGAACAACAUCAAACUCUAUGUGCGCAGAGUCUUCAUCAUGGACAGCUGUGAGGAGCUGAUCCCAGAAUACCUCAACUUUGUUCGUGGUGUGGUGGACUCUGAGGACCUGCCCCUGAAUAUUUCCCGAGAGAUGCUGCAACAGAGUAAAAUCCUGAAGGUCAUACGCAAGAAUAUUGUCAAGAAGUGCAUGGAGUUGUUCUCUGAGCUGGCAGAGGACAAGGAGAACUACAAGAAAUUCUAUGAGCAGUUCUCAAAGAACCUGAAGCUUGGUAUCCAUGAGGACUCUCAGAAUCGCAAGAAGCUGUCUGAACUGCUGCGUUACCACACCUCACAGUGUGGAGAUGAGCUCACCGCAUUGGCAGACUAUGUAUCCCGCAUGAAAGAAAACCAGAAAUGUAUCUAUUAUAUAACUGGUGAGAGCAAAGACCAAGUAGCUAACUCUGCCUUUGUGGAGCGUGUGAGGAAGCGAGGCUUUGAGGUGGUUUACAUGACUGAGCCUAUCGACGAAUAUUGUGUGCAGCAGCUAAAGGAGUUUGAUGGUAAGCAGCUUGUGUCUGUCACAAAGGAGGGCCUGGAACUACCUGAGGAUGAGGAGGAGAAGAAGAAGCGGGAGGAAGACCGGGCCACAUUUGACAACCUGUGCAAGCUCAUGAAGGAGAUCCUGGACAAGAAGGUGGAGAAGGUGACUGUUUCCAACAGGCUUGUAUCCUCCCCAUGCUGUAUUGUGACCAGCACCUAUGGCUGGACUGCAAACAUGGAGAGGAUCAUGAAGGCCCAGGCUCUGCGAGACAAUUCAACCAUGGGUUACAUGAUGGCCAAGAAGCAUUUGGAGAUCAACCCUGACCACCCAAUUGUGAACACCCUGAGGCAGAAGGCUGAGGCAGACAAGAAUGAUAAAGCUGUGAAGGACCUUGUGAUCCUGCUGUUUGAGACUGCACUGUUAUCCUCUGGAUUCUCACUGGAUGAUCCUCAAACACACUCAAACCGAAUCUACCGAAUGAUCAAGCUGGGUCUCGGCAUUGAUGAUGAUGAGGGGACUGUGGAAGAGACCAGCCCACAAGCUGUGGAAGAAAUCCCACCUCUUGAGGGAGAUGAGGAUGCAUCCCGCAUGGAAGAAGUGGACUGAAGCUGCUCCUUUGCUUUGCUGUAUUUGUCCUUGGUGUAUUCAAUUUGGACUGCUGUAUUUAAUUUGGACUGUCAUGCAGAGUGUGUAAAGUAAUUAUCUAAUUGGAUCCAUAUAGAUUGGGCUUGAUUCCUUUUGGAGGAGUGAGCCUUGCACUACAGCUGUUAUCAGAUGUUACAUCCUUUUUUUUAUUUUAAAAUGCAUGUAAUUUUUAUUUUUACAGCUAAAUGCUGUAAAAUAAAAUCUAAAACCACUGGUGCAAGUGAGAA